AUGGCAGGAGGAAAACCAGGAAAGGGAAUGAUGACAGUGAAAGCGGAGCCUGAGGAGGAAGGGGUGAGUUUUGAGUCGACUCAAAUUACUCGUGGAACGGUGGCAGUGAGUCAAGAUACACGUGGAACGAUGGCAGUGGCUCAAAAUACACGUGGAAUGGAGACAGUGAAAGCGGAGCCUGAAGAGGAAGGGGAGCGGAUGGAUAGGUGGAGGGGGGAGGGAGGGGAGGAGUCAUCGAGUGAAGACGUGAUAGUUGUAGAGGAAUAUGUUGAAGUGGAGGAGGGAGAGGAGGGGGAGGAGAGGGAGGAGGGGGACGAAGUGGAGGAGGGGGAGGUGGGAGAGGAGGAAAUAGAGGAGGGAGAGGAAGUGGAAGAGGGGGAGGUGGGAGAGGAGGAGGAAGAGGAGGAGGACGAGGAAAAAAGGAGGGAGGUGGAGGAGGACGAUGGGGUUCCUGUGGGGGUGAAAAGAGAUCCGGAUGGAUUUGAAGCGGUUGCUGUUCAACACGAGGAGGGAAAGAAAAGCAGAAUUGGGAAGGAAGAUGUGGAAGCUGGGGGUUCUCCUGAAGUGAGGGUGAAAAAAGACCCAGGUCUACGUGAAACAGAAAAGGAGGAGGCUGAUCAAUGUCAUGAGGAGGAAAAGAGAAGGGGGCUUGGGAGGACGAAUGGGAAGUUGGAUGGAAAAGCGGAUGUGGGCGCUGGUGGAGGGAAGGGCAAGGCUGUUGCUGUCACACCAACUGCUGCAAGGCAGGAGGCAAAGCUGAAUCCCCGCACAGGGAUGGGUGUUGGAGAAAUGGAAUGGAGAAAAGCGGGUGACAGUACAGGGCUGGGUGUGCUCGGGGUUUCAGGCUCGGAUCUCCGCCUCGGCAGCAGCAUGCAGAGCGGGAAGAGUGUAGAGAGUGCCCCGGCCAGGGCCAGCCCUGCCAGGGAGCAGCGUUUGAAGGUGGGACGAACGGGGCUGGAAGCACUGGGGAGUGCGGGCGGUGAUGGCAGGGGCAGCAGCACGCAGAGGGGGAAGAGUGUGGAGAGUGCGCCUGCCAGGGCCAGCCCUGCCAGGGAGCAGCGUUUGAAGGUGGGACGAACGGGGCUGGAAGCACUGGGGAGUGCGGGCGGUGAUGGCAGGGGCAGCAGCACGCAGAGGGGGAAGAGUGUGGAGAGUGCGCCUGCCAGGGCCAGCCCUGGCAGGGAGCCGCAUUUGGUGGUGGCACGAAUGGGGCUGGGAGCAGUGGGGAGUGCAGGCGGUGAUGGCAGUGGCAGCAGCACGCAGAGAGGGAAGAGCGUAGAGAGUGGGCCUGCCAGGGCCUGCCCUGUUAGCGCUGAUGGCAGUGGCAGAAGCACACAGAGAGGGAAGGGUGUGCAGGGUGUGCGAAUCAGUCCUACCAGUCCUGGCAAAGGGGGCGUUGCGGUGGGAGGAACGGGGCUGGAAACACUGCGUGGUGCAGGCGCAGAUUGCAGCGGCAGCAGCACGCAAAAAGCGAAGAGCAUAGAGAGUGCUCCCACCAGGGCCAUCCCUGCUGUGGAGCAGCGUUUGGAGGAUGGCCUGGGAGGACGGACGGGCCUGGGGGCACAGAGUGGGCCAGCCAGGGCCUGCCCUGCCAGCGCUGAUGGCAGUGGCAGAAGCACGCAGAGAGGGAAGGGUGUAGAGAGUGUGCCGGUUAGGGCCAGCUCUCCCACCAGGGCCAUCCCUGCUCUGGAGCAGCGUUUGGAGGCUGGACGAACGGGGCUGGGGGCACUGGGGAUUGCAGGUGCGGUGGCGGUUCAAAAGACAUCUGGGGGUGUUGCUUCCUUGGGUGCAGCUGGAGAAGGGAGGGCUGUUCGUGUGUCAGGUUUGAGAGUUCUCGGAAGUGACACAGGUGCGAUUGGGGUUGAAAAGUCAUCUUGGGGUGUGGGUUCGAUGGAUGCAGCUGGAGAAGGGAGGGCUGUUCGUGUGUCAGGUUUGAGAGUUCUCAACAGUGGCGCAGGUGCCGUGGUGACUCAAAAGGCAUCUGGGGGUGAAGCUUCAAUGGGUCCAAGAGGGGAAGGGAGGGCUGUGCGUGUGAAGGAGGAGGCAGUGGAGCUAGGGGAGGAGGGAGGGAGGAGUGAUGUUGCGCAUGUGGUAACCACGUCAAAUGGUAGUGGUGGUGGUGCUGUUAUGCAGGUCGUAACCAGAGCAGGUGAUCCUGGCGCGAGCACAUUGGGUGGUGCUGCUGCUGGUGUUGUUGUAUCAGCUGCAACCAAGUCAGUUCAUGAGGCGCCUAAAAAGUCAGGUGAUCCUGGCGCUAGCACAUUGGGAGCUGCUGCUGGUGUUGUUGUAUUAGCUGCAACCAAGUCAAAUUUGGCUCAGAUGCGCUUAAGACGUUGUAGUGGGGAGGCGAAUAAGGUGAAUGCGUGUGCUGCGGGUGCAAGUGUUGUCGGUGCAAGUGUUGUCGGUGCAAGUGUUGUCGGUGCAAGUGUUAGGAUUGCUACCGGUGCAAGUGUCACUGCUCUGUGUGUGCUUGGGGGAGUGGGAAGAGUGGAAGGAGGAGGGCCAAAACGCAUGGUGCGAGGAAGUGGGGGUGGGAGCGUUAAAGAAGAACCACUGGAGUUGGGUGAUGGGGGAGUGGGAGUGUUAGGAGGAGCAGAGGCGAAUCGGAUGAGGGAUACGGAUAGAGCGGAGCAAAGGGAGAAGGAAAAUGAGGAGGGAGGGGGAGUGGUGCGAGGAAGUGGGGAUGGUGGAAAGGUUAAAGAGGAGCCAGUGGAGGUGGGUGGUGGGGGUGGGGGAGAGGGAGGGAUAGGAAUUGAGGGGAGUUGGAUGAAGGGUAAGAGCCGAGAGGAGGAGGGGGGGGUGGAAGGGGAGGAGGAAGAGCAGGAAAUGGGAGAGGAAGGGGAGGAGGAAUUGGAGGAGGGGGUAGAGAUUGAAGAGGGGAUGGAGAUCGGAGAGGAGGCGGAGGAUGAAGAGGAGGAGGAGGGUGAAGUGGGGGAAGAUGAAGGAGAGGAGGAAGAGGAGGAAGAGGAGGAAGGGGAGGUGAGAGAAAGCGAGAUGGAGACGGAUGAAGAGAGCAAUGAAGGUGCAGGAGGUAGGAAUAGGGAGGAAGGGCAAGGGGGAGAGGAGGUGGAGAGGGGAGUGGUAAGGGAGGAGAGGGAAGAGGAGAGAGAAGCAGAGGGAGAAAUGGAGGGAGAAGAUUGGCGGAGACAGGAUCAGGAGGGAAAGGGGGGGGAAGGGGGAGAGGAAGGAGAGGAGGGGGAGGAGGGGGAGGAGGGAGGGAUGGGGGAGGAGAUGGAAGAAGCAAAAGAAAGGCGGGGGGGAAGGGAGGCGCAGACGAAUUAUUGGCAGGUGAAAGAAGAAGCAUUGGAGGUGGAUGGGGGAGUGGGGGAAAGGAGAGGCUAUGGCGGAGAGUGGGAGAUGGGGAAAGCCGGUGGGGAGGAGGGGGAAGAGGGUGAGGAGGGCAAGGGGAAGGAGGAGGAAGGGGAGGGCAAGGGGGAGGGAAAAAAACUGACAAGGCACAGGCAGGUGCAAGAGAAAGAAGCAGCGGAAGUGAAGGGAGUUUUUGAGAAUUCUCAAAAACACCCUGCAGCAUCAGUGACAAGGCACAGGCAGGUGCAAGAGAAAGAAGCAGUGGAAGUGAAGGGAGGAGUGAAAGAGAGAGGAGGCUGUGGAGGAGCAUGUGAGAUGGAGACAGGUGGUGGGAUGCAGGGCGAGGAGGGGGAAAAAGGGGAGGAGGGUAUGGGGGAGGAGGGAGGGAAGGACAAAGGGGAGGAUGAGGGGCAGAUAAAACACUGGCAGGACGAAGAGAAAGAAGCAAUGGAAGUGAAGGGGAGAGUGGAUGAGAGAGGGGGUUAUAGAGGAGAGUGUGAGGUGGAGAAAGACUGUGGGGAGGAAGGGGACGGGGGGGAGGACAGGGAGGACGGGGGGGAGGACAAUGAGGGCGAAGAGUACAAGGAGGGGGAGGAGGAGGAGAGAAAAGAGGUGGAGGAGAGAAAAGAGGUGGAGGAGAGAAAAGAGGUGGAGGAGAGAAGAGAGGUGGAGGAGAAGAAGGGCGAGGUUUGCGAUGAUGUUAAGGAGGGUAAGGGGGAAGGAGAGCUGGAAAAAGGGGAGGCGCCAGUUCGAGGGGAGAUGAAUGGGGGGGGCAAGAGUGCUUGCAGGGAGGGUGAUGAGCAGCGAGGAAUGGCAGGGCAGGAAGUAACGGGAAGGCAAGGAGGUUCAGGAGGGAAGGGAGGUUCAACAACGCACGGAGGAACAGGAGGGCAGCAGGACGGUGAAGCGGAGAAAGCAGCGGCAGCUGAGCAAGCAGGGGGAGGAGGAGGAGAAGGAGGAGGAGGAGAAGGAUGGCAAGAAGGAGGGAAGGGAUUAGAGAAGGGAGGAGGGGAGGGAGAAGCAGCGGAUCAUGACACCUGCAAGACAGCUCCUGAAGCUGCAGCGGUAGCCUCCCACACGACUUUUGAAGCGCCACAACAUCCAGUUUUCCACACAACACCUGUCAAGGCUCAAGAAACAGUCGCUCCUCCAAAGGCUCCUAGGCUUUCCAAGGAGCUAAACCGGCUCCUGCAUGAUGCGUGCAAGACAGCAGAGCAGGCAGCAACUGCUAUCUCUUCUCGGCAAGCACAGGCUGCUCUGGGGGCCGCAUGGCAAGCGCAGAGUGCUGUAGCGUCGCCAUCGUCACAAGAAAAUGCUGGGGAUGCUCGAAAAAGGCACUUACAGACUGCUGUGGAGUUGUUGUCACAGGGAGCAGUGGCAGGGAGGGAGGAGGAGAGAGGAGGAGGAGUGGUGGAGGGGAAGGGAGUGGCGGAGGUGAGUGGGUGGGAUGAUAAGAGGGAUGAGGGGCGGGGCGAGGGGGAGUGCUAG